UUUUCAAGCUGUCAGCUGGGAGUGAAACUAUCUCCAAUAAAUGUCCUUGAACAUCUCUUUUCAGCCAUCAGUAAACAGGCAGGUAGAAUCUGUUGUCGUGACGCCGCUGGCCCGCAUUGAUUUAAACAAAUCUUCAGCAAAAAGGCAGAGUUUCCGCCCAAAGGAGGAAGCAAGAAGAUGUGACGCCACCACUGAAAAACAAAAGCUAGUGGGAAACUAGAGUCACACCAUCUUUGAAAUCGGGACGGCAGAUCAGCCGAGCAGAAAGCACAUAAGUGAGCUGACAAACUUGGCAAUGGCAUUUAACAAACUCUUCAUCAUUCUCCUGUUUUUUCUUUGCAAUCUGGCUGUGGUGCUCACAGACGGCGCCGUGCCUUGCUACAGGAUUGAUCCGGGGACAAUAGCAGGCAUCAUCUGUGCAGAUGUGUUGCUGACUCUCAUCAUUGUCAUCGUCACCUACCGAUGUGCCAGCUUUCGGCGCCAAAAGAAAGAAAAGGCUGACAAAGUGUACAUGAACGUUCGGGCCAACUGCAUGAACUGAUCGACAAGAUGUUGGAAAAGAUGAAGUCAAGUGGAUUAUUGCACAUGUUAAACAUGUUCUACUAAACAUACAACAAGUACAGUCCUAACUCUGAAUUCAUAGGCUAUCACUGUCACCAGUAAUAGUCCAAUGCACUGGAUCUAAAGCUGGUUCUGUAUCCUAUUUGAAAGCUUUAGAAAAUUGUAUAAAGAGACUUUUACAUUUAGUCCCUUGUGUGCUUGUGCUCUUCAGCUCGCUGCUCGGAGUUACCUUGUAAAAGCUAGAGUCAGACUUACGCCACUUUCACCGCAAGCAGAAAACAGCACCCUCUGCAGUUGACUUUUGGUAGCAACAUGUCUAAAUGCUGUAUUUUAAUGAGCCCUGGAGAUUUUAUGUAAAUAUUCUUUUUCAUAAAAAUGAGAUUUUACAUAUGUUUUACAGUGUCUGCUGACAAACCACUGAGUUGACAAUGUACAAAGAGAAAUGUAGAUAGAAUUUCCAGCACAUUACUAAUGUAAGUAAUUUUUUCAGUUUUCAAUAAAUACUGUUUUUGGAU